AUUCCCGGAAGCUUAUCUACAAUUGCUGAUAUCCGCAAGUCGAGACUAGUCCCUUCUUUUGCGAGAGAGUCAAUUCGUAAAUGCAUUUAUCAAAGUUUAUUUCGCGUGGUCUGCCCUGGUAAUGUGCCAAAACUGCCUCUCGUACACUCUUGCGACUCCAACACCUCGCCAGCAUAGAUGCUUCUCUUGGGAUUACAGGCCUGUGUAGUUGCAUAUUUUGUACUUACGUGAUUAUCAUAGGAGUGAUCUGGGCCAUACAAGCGUCUAUUACCCGGUAUCGGCACCGUAAUUGUGAUUCACCUCCGCUUUCCGUACAAGCUUGCAGUAUGCGUAGUCUCCUCAAGUUCCAUACCCUCAUAUUCGGCCCUGAAGCUCAUAAAAGCAGAGACCAAGUUGUCGGGAUAAGCUUUUGCUUGGUCUUAGAAAUCAUCUCGACGUAACAGCCUGUAUUUGCAAAUCAACAUAUCUCUAUCAGCAAGCAGUGGCGAGUGUGGAGGUCAUGGCUAAAGCAAACGUUGGCAUUAUCAGUCUCGGAGAGAUGGGAGCAGCCAUCGCCCAAUUACUACGGGCGGAAGGUUUUCACGUGCUCAGCAAGCUCGAGGGUCGCAGUGAGGCUACAAUGAGCCGUGCUGCAGCGGCAGGUGUUAGAUGCGAUUUCUCCAGCGAUGAGGCUUUUAUCGAAUCCUGCGACUAUGUGAUGUCCAUAGUCCCUCCUUCUGAGGCUCUCGCAACGGCAGAACGUAUCGCGAAAGCGUGUACAGUCAACCGCAUGCGCUCACCGUUAGUGUACCUCGAACUCAACGCUGUAUCACCUUCUACGGCGAAGUCCAUUUCAAAGGUCUUCACUUCCCUGGACGUGCGUGUGAUAGACGGUGGAAUCAUCGGGGGACCACCAUGCAUCUCCGAAUCAGGGUGGUCGUGUCCCUCGAUUGUUCUAUCGGGACCUUACAAACUUGCAGAGGCCCCCUCAGAGGGUGCAAUACUCGCAAAGGUGUUGAACACCAAAGUUGUAGGCGACGAGAUAGGCACAGCGAGUGGCCUAAAAUGCUGCUUUGCCUCCCUUACGAAAGGAUACACCGCGCUGGCCAUCCAAGCAUUCUCCACAGCGUCUCGCCUUGGCGUGCUCGAGCAUCUUGAAAAGGAGAUCUCGAAUUCACCUGGUGGAGCCAACAGACUCGAAGCAUCGAAGAGGUCGCUUUCAAGUAUGCCACCCAAAGCCGGACGCUGGGUCGAGGAAAUGGUCCAGAUCAAUCAGACCUUCAGUGAGGAGGGAGGCUGGGGCAAUGUUAAGCCUUCGACGGAUAUCUUCAAGCAGAUUGCUGGAGUGUACGAAUUCGUUAGCAGGGGGACGGACUUGGGUAAAGAGCAUGUCACCAAUCGACAACGAGGCAAAACUGCGGAGGAUGCUGUUGACGUGAUCUGCCAGGCACUGAGUGGCAAGCAUUGACGCUGGGAAAGCAAUGAUACUAUAAAGUAUAUACAUAUUCACAUGUACAGGUGAAGAUCUGAAUGCGACGUCCAAAUUGGAGACCA